ACAUCAUAUACAGCAUGCAGGUAAAAUCAAACUACUCCCACCAUCCCUACGCUCUGCAUCUUCCUGCUCACACUUCACUCUCAAAACGUUAAUUCCAAGCAAAACACAACCAAAUAGCAACCCACAUUGUUAAAAAUUUACAAACUCCGUAUUAUUCUACGUGUUGAACUGGGUUCACAAGUAAUUGCAAACAAAAUUAAUCUCUUUAUCUAAUUUUAAAACAGUAACUUAAUCUGCAAUAAAUAGUAGUUAUGGCUGAACAAUAUUGAAGUCAUAUGAAUAUCAACUAACAUAUCCCUCGGCCAGCAAAAUUAGUGGGUGCGUUCGGCAGAGUAGCUUGUGGGGACAAAAGUGUGCUUUAAGGAAUGCUUUUUUUUUUUCCUUUUUGCAAGAGAGGUUUGUUAUUGGUUUACUUCAAACUUUAGAUCAUAUGUUGGGGUCCAAAAUCUAGUUGGCAAAGGAUUAUUUAUUUAUAUAUAAAGCACCACACAGCCACUGUAAGUGCGUAUGGAGAUGGAGGCAGUAGUUAUGACAAGAAGCUUAUGGUUUCUGCUGUUUCUGUCAAUGGCAGUAGUUGACAUUAGAGGAGAUGAUGUCAGAAAUGGCACUACUGCUCAACUUAAUGCCACUUCUGUAGCUCAAGAUAAUAAUAGUAAUGUACAAGGACUAAUAGGUCAUCUUAACAACACUUCUAAUUACACUAAAGUUGUGCUCAACAAGAAAAGAUAUCGAGGAGGCGGCGGCGGCGGAGGAGGUGGAGGAGGUGGUGGGGGUGGAGGAAGGUUUGGAUGGGGAUGGGGUGGUGGAGGUGGGGGUGGGGGUGGAGGUGGUGGAGGUGGAUGGGGAUGGGGAGGAGGUGGUGGUGGUUUUUAUAAAUGGGGAUGUGGCAGAGGGAAUGGAAAAGGAGGAGGUGGUGGUGGUGGUGGUAGAGGUGGUGGGGGGAGAGACAAGGAAGAAUAUAAGAUUGGAGAGUACGCAGAAUGCAUGGGAAAUGGAAGGUGCAAAUGGAUGAGAUUGGAUUGUCCGCUUCACUGCGGAGGAAAAUGUUUUUAUGAUUGCAGACAUAUGUGUAAGGCUCAUUGUCGACGUUCUUGAAUUGCUAAUCAAUGCUUCCUCUUCCCUUCUAACACCAAAUUAAUCCACAAUAUCUCAUUUGAUGAUUAAUUAUGAAACAGUUGCCCCUUCUUUAUAAAAUUUCUUGGGGAUUUGGUUCAUUUUUUGCACUCUCAUUUAGGAGUUGUGUGUGCUUUGAUUUGAUGUGUUCAUUGUUUUGAUGGUAACUCUUAGUCUUAGCAAGAGUUUCAGUUAACUUGUUGCUCAAUUGUAUUCCACGUUUGACCUUUUAUGCUAUAUGGAUUAUGGAUCCUUACAAUAUUUAUAGUAA